AUGGAGACGGAGGGCAGCAGGAGCGAAGACAUUGGGCGAACUAAGACCACUUUCAGCGAGGAGUCUCUCGGGAGCAGUUCCUCGUCGUCAGUGCUUAACUCGUGGACCAUUUUGCCGGUGGUAAAGGACAAGGACAAGGAAAAGGAAGACGGGCUGGAGAAGAACGAAGAGUUGACAGAUUUGAGGCCCAGCAGUCAAGCGGACAAGCAAAAAAACGAGAGAUGCAACAGGCAUGCGGCCGAGGAUCCCCAGGCGGACGACAUUUCCGAUGGAAUUUCAAUAAUCAGCGACUGCGAGAGCACUGAUCGUAUAUCGCCCAAUCUCUUUCUGCGCGAACCCCUCGUCGACUUGGGCUUCGGCGAGCUCCCGACGAGUCCCAUCGAACUGAUCGCACCUGCCAGCGGCGGGCAGCAGCUAAAGGAGUACCCCGAGCGGCAGCAGGAGGAUUCUGCGACCGUGGUGCGCUCCAAGCUGGAACUGCAGCUGCCACCUCUGGUCCAGAACGGCCUGACCGCAUUCUUCUACGUAGCCUCCACCCUGGCCAUUCUGGCCUUCGUCGGCAAGCUGCGCCACCCAGAAUGGCAGGUCCUGGGCGAGGACAAGCCCUUGGCCGAGCUGGAGCGCCGGGUGGGAGAGCUGGAGCUACAGAACAACCUGCUGCGGGCCGAGAUCGAUAUCAUGUCAAAGAAACUGCAGUACCUUGGAUCUGGUCAGGAUGCGGGGCAGCGACCGGGCCGUCCGAAGGGCAAGACGUUCAAGGCAUGGCCUGGCAACGGCGACACUGUGAGUCCAGUCGACAUAACCAAGGCCGACCUGAAGCAGCCGUUCCAGUGCCCUGACGGCAAGUUCGUUCAGAUCGCUGGCAUGUGCUUGGAGAACAACCGGGCGCCCUUUGAUGCUCUGACGGAUGAGAUCGGAGAUGCAGUUAACGACGUGCUACAGCAGUCUGGAGCCUUUCACAAGUUUGAAAAGGUCACCGAGAAGCUGGGCACCUUUGCUGGCGACAACGAGGACGUUGGCGCCGCUCCAGGUGCAAACGACUUUCCGUCGAAUGGUAGGCCAGAAGCAGCCACUUCCCAUGGCCAGCCAAAGCUGGCGAAUGGUUCGAAAGAGCGCUUCAGGCCAAGGCACAAGCCGGAUCACUCGCACGAGAUGAAGCAGCGGCGACAGGAGCAGGAUCAUGGCCGCAGAAGCCGGCAGGAUGAGCACUCUAAGGAGCACGGCAAGAAGAAGUACUACGAUCAGUCCGGCCGGGGUCGCUACAACAAGAACGCCAAGAAGCCCAACGACGACUCCAACGAAAACAGCAAGGAGCGCGACCAAAACAACGACAGCGGCAGCGGCGAGUGGCACGAGCGGAUGAUGCAGCAGCGGGAGAACGCGCGCCACAAGCACGCCCAGAAGCGCAACAAUAACAACUGGUACAUCGAGCGGGGCGAUAGUCGCGAGAAGAUGCGUUCCGGCGAGACCCAGCGCUGAAUGGAGCUUAAUCCACGAAACUCAUCAAGACGAUGACCUGGAUCUUUAUCCAAAAAGGAUAGAACUUUCGCCUGAGGUCACAUAUAUUUUAAUCCCAAAGUAUACUUAAGGACAACGUGUGCUAGUGAGCGCACACUGAAUUGCGCUGGUUCCUAACUAUACAUGUGUGUUUACAAUAUUUCGACAAUGUUUCUACAGCGCGUUUCAAGAAUGUGGUAGCGGAUUGGCUUUUGAAACACACUUAAGAACAUGAGCUUAACACGCAUCGAGCGAUGCACGUGCUUAAUAUUUAUUUAUUUUUAUCUACAAAUACCGUUUUUGGCUGCGUCAAGCUAGCAUUAUCCUUGUAUCCCAAUUUCGUAAUGUAUGUACAUAUACAGAUUCAAUAGUCAGUGUUAAAUACUAGUGGAUCGCAUUUUUAUUGGAAACAUCAUACUUGUCGCACACAUUUAACUCAAGUGGUUCAACUAUUCAUUUUAUCAGAUGUUUGUUUUAAAUAUUCUAAAUAUGGUUCAGAAGCAAUAAUGUUGACAACUAAUUAGCAGCAGUUGAAAAGUCCAGAAAACUUAAAUCAAAUUGUGAAAUUUAAGUUAAAUGUGAGCGAUGUCUUUGUAUAAUAUCGGUUCCUUCCACUUAAGAGUGUGAUUCUUCUGCUAAGUUCCAGCUCAACCUAAGAGACAGGCCGACCCAAGUGCGGAUUCACUUGGCACAGUCCGUCAAUAAAGCAAAAUCAAUUUCCCUUCAACGAUUAUAUCAAUGAUCCUUUUGAAAUAGUAGAUUUCCCUAAAAUUAUGUAUUGAUAUAUACAUAUAUAUUUGUGAUACCUAUACUAAUAUUUUUUUUAGGCUAGAAAAAUAAAUUAUUGUACCAUAUUAGGUAUUCCUGGAAAGCCAAUUCAAAAAAAAAAAAAUUAAAGGAACAAAAAUCCAUAUUUUUGUAUGCAUGUUCGUUCAAAACCUAAGCGUAUAUAUAAAUGUAUAAAUGUGUACCCAAAAUGUUUUGCGAUUAAAUAAAUAAAAUAUCCUUAAACUUUA